GACGUGUCCGCUUCCAACCACCCCACCACACGCCAUUCAACAUCAACACCACCCCACUUCACCUCUCACUCUCACUCACACACACACACACUCACGUCGAGUGCAUCGACGAUUGUUAUGGGCAAGAAAGGAAAGAAGAAGAAUCGCGGUGGCGGAAAGUCGCCAGCGCAGCGGAUGCAGCAGCGACGCACACGCAGCAAGUCCGAGCCAUCCGCAGAGCGCGAUGACAAGAAACACGUUGCCUUCAAGUUGUCGGACAACACAGUCCAUCUCAUCUCGCCUCAGCUACCCCUCCGCAAAUAUGUCGAGCCCAUCCCGCCACGGUUUGAGGGACCCGGUUUCAGCAUCGAGGAGUAUCUUCGCAACAACGGCCUUCUCGUUGAUAUGCCCGCGUCGAAAGGGGCAGCAAAAGGGAGCAAAGGGAAAGGGAAAGGAAAGGGAAAAGGAAAGGGCAAGAAGCAGGGCCCAACAGCCGUGUACGUGUUUCACCAGGAGGACCUGCAUGAACCCCACCUGCACAUGCGGCCGGCGAAGUCGGUGCUCAAGUCUAGCAGCGGCUCGGACACGCACGAUGACAGCGAAGGCUACCACGCUGCUGACGACAACGGUCGCAAGAAGCAAGUGCGCAAGAAGAAAAAGAAGAACAAGAACAAGAAAGGCCAACAGGACCAGGCCCACGAAAACGGGCAAGUCCCUGCCGAUGUGAACGGCAGCGGCGGACCAUCCCGCCAUACCGACACCGACGAAGAGGCUGCGGAGGCAGAGGAGCAGUGUGGCAGGGCGGAAGAUGCCCAGCACCAGCAGCAAAAGCAACAGCAGAAACAGCAGCAAAAACAGCGAGAGGAAGAAGAGGAGGAGAAGCUGAUUCGCGAUGGCUGGCAGGUGCAAGGGCGAAAGCAGAAGCGCAAACAAGAGAGCAAGCAGGCGCUACCACACAUGCCCCCAGCAGCCGCAGCCGCACCAACGCACACCAAGCUGCAAGGCAACAAGCAGCUGCAAGAAACCGAGCAGCACAGACAGCAGUCGCCACCGCCAAGCGAGAAGCCAGCUCUCGCCAGCAGCAGUGACGCUCGCAGCGAAUCAAAUACAGAGGUGCAGGACAAGCGUCACAACACUACGGUCACUGACGAUGGUGGUGAUGGCGAUGAUGAGCGACCGAGAAUGGUGCAGCCUGAGGCGACACCAUCACGCCUUCCGCUGCACCAGCGCAUGUGGAACCGCCACGCACAUGACCACGAUGAUGAUGAUGACGAUGAUGAUGAUGAUGACACGGAGGGAGAGGACGGUGUUGUGGGCGAGAUGUCUGACUUGGCGCGGCAGCUUGCACUCGGAGGCCGGGGCGCUGUGUCUGCACCGCGCGCACACACGCAGCGGACACACGCGCGCAUGCGCAGCCGCUCGCGCUCGCCGACAUCGCCACUGGCGCAUCACCAGCGCAGCGCGUGGGGCCACGCGGAGGACGGAGACGACGAAGCUGAAGACGAAGAGGCCCAAGGUCACCACGCUGACGGUCGUGGGGGUGGAGAUUCUGCAAGGCGUGAGGCUGCGGAGGAACAUGCUGAGCGUGAUCAAGAGCGUGAUGGCACAGAUGACCUUGGCGGGCACAAGACCGUGGAUGAAGAGAAGCAGAGUGCCAGUCGCCCCAUUGUGGCGCAGGCCGAGAACGCAAACACACCGCCACCAACAAACGCAGCAACAGCAACAGCCGCAACACCACCAUCAUCCACAGCCACAGUUCCAACAACUACAGCCACGACAGAGGCACCGCUGUCCAUCGAUGAGCAGUUGCAAGGCAAACCAGUUGCCUUCCUCGUCGAAUUCGCCCACCACGAUUGGACGGAUGAGAACGACAGCGUGCUGCUGUCGCUGUUUCUGGACGCCACGCGCUUCAAGGUGUACUUUGCGCCUGGCGAAGUGUGCGUUCGCUUCAAGUCCUUCAACCCCACCCAGUACAGCACAAGCUGCACACCCAAGACGCCUCUCAUGUGGCGCUGCGCCUUGUUCGCGCGAAUCGACCCUGAGGCAUCGCGGGUGCUGCCCACCAGCAGAAAUGGGGUGGUGAGAAUACGACUGGUGAAAGACAAGCAACCACAACAGCAAAUACGAUGGUCGCAGCUCGAAGGAACAGGCACCGCCACCGCCAACACUGAACACAUAGAACCAACUACAGCAUCGUCGAGCACAGUCACGGCGCCAACUGCAGCCGUCGAGGAGAAGGGUGACAUGUACGCCCUGUUGGAAGAAGUGAGUGGUGAAGUCACGCGAACGGCACAGGCCUUGAUGACGCAGAGUGGUGGUGGUGAUGGUGCAGCACCAGCCACCGCAACAGCAAGCACCACGACCACAACCAGCAGUACUUCAGUCACGGAAACAAUGUCCGCGUUGAGCAACACGGUCGCAGCAGCUGCCAGCAGCACUGUGACAGCCACCACGACGGUGACAAGUCAACGUGCACCUUUGUCGUCCGCAAGUACCAACACGAAGGUACACGCUGAAACGACUACAACAGUGGCAGCGACAGCGACAGCCACUGCGCUUGAAGCCAACGCAUCCCUGCGGCAAGACGGCGCCGAUGAAGAUGAGGCGCAGCUGUUGCCUGUGAGCAAACGCGGCGUGCUGGACCUGUAUGCCACCUGGCGCGAGCGGCAGGACUCCAUGCGCACUAGGGACACACUCGUACUGCAGCACCACCAGCAGCCGAGCGGCGGGGCAAGCAGCGAAGAUGAUGGAGAUGGCGCAUGGGCGGGCCCGACGCGCGUACUCGUUGCGCAGAAGCCGGCCUAUGCUGGCAUUUCGGGCCUGUUCAAUCUCCGCCAGACAUGUUUUGUCAACUGCGUGCUGCAGUGCCUGUUCCACAGCGCGGCGUUUGUGGACGCGUUUCGCACCCGGCCCUUGCGAGAGCUUGUGCCGGCGUGGAAGAAGCCAGCAGACAAGAAGCUUGCCGUUGUUCGCGAAUUCGUGCGCAUCUGCGAGGAAGUGUGGGAGGCGCUGACGCCCGUGGUGAAUGCGCGGGAUCUGGUGGUGCACCUGAUUCGGGCGGUGCCAGACUUCAACAUGCUGAUACAGCAGGAUGCCCAUGAGUUUCUUGAGCUGUUUCUGGACACGCUGCACGAGGGCAUGAACAAGGUGCAGAAGAAACCCUAUGUGCAGAAUAAGGACGUGACGGCCGGCGACAGCGAGCACGAGGCCGCGCUGGAGGUGUGGCGAAAUUUCCGCGCCAGGGAGGACUCGCACGUGAUUGACGUGUUUCAGGGGCAGCUGCGCUCUUGUGUCACAUGCAAGCACUGCAACCACUCCUCCGUCACGUUUGACCCAUUCCGGUCGCUGAGCUUGUCAAUCGCUGAGCCGUGCAAACAGAAGAUCUUGCACGUCUUUGACACCGAUAUGUCGCACGUCACGUCUGCGCAAGUGCGCAUUCAUCCCAUGGCAACGGCAUCUGAGCUGCUGGCGCAGUGCGGCAUCGCGCGAGAAGAGCAGCCUGUGCUUGUGGUGUGCACAUCCCAGGGCGAGGUGAAGGACGUGUGCAGCGGUGAUGAUUGUGUGUACGCUUCUGUCACCCCGACACGGCACUUGUUCGCCUGCUUCCCUCGUCCAACAUCCAUCGAGCAAGGAGAACAAGAAGAGGAUGCGGUAGAGCAUGUUGAGGGCAAGCAAGGCACGAUCGAGGCGCAGCAGGAGCAGCAGCAGCAGUUGAGUGUGGUGGUGACGACCCGUGCACGCCGUAGUGUGCCGCUGGCCAAGUGCCAUGCCUGCGCCACCCUGGCGGAGCACGCGACUGGCGCCUUGAAGCGGUGUGCGCGGUGCAAGCAGGUCUGCUACUGCUCCACGGCGUGUCAGCAGUCGCACUGGCCACAGCACAAGUCCUCCUGUCGUGCAGCAGCACCACAGCCCGUGGGCCGUCCGACCGUGCUCACCCUCACGACUUCAGCGUCUUCAUUUGACGCGACCACAGUGAAGCGCGCCCUGGCCUCCAGUGCACGCCAGGCGCUCGCACUGCAACUGCAACAGACAGCGGUGUCGCAGCAGCAGCAGCAGCAACAGCAGCAACAGCCUGCGAACGAGUGCAGCAGCAACAACGCUGACAACGCUGACAACGCUGACAACGCUGAGUGGGAUGUGGCUUCGAUUGAGGGUUUCCUGGCUGCCCUGAGCAAAUCUCGCGCCCAGGUCCGCGUCGCAUCAACGACCGACAGGAGCAGCGGCAGCAGCAAUAGCAACAGUAGCGGGUCCAUGAUGGACGUUGACAAGGCGCUUGCCAAAGGGCAUGACGCUGUGUGGCAGGCUGUCGUUGACUUUGGCGUUGUCACCGAUGCUCCGAUUGGCGAGAACCAGCAGCUGCUUGAGUUGGCACUGGCUGCCGCUGCGGGGGACGCGUGCCCGCCGGCACCGGCGUCCUUCUACGAUGACGUGACGCUGGAGGAGUGUCUGCGCCAGUUCUCCAAGACGGAGCACCUGGGUGAGCAGGACCACUGGUACUGCAGCAGGUGCAAGAAGCCGCGCCCGGCGACCAAGGAGCUCACCGUGCACCGCGCGCCAAGCACGCUUGUGCUGCAGCUGAAGCGGUUCAAGAAGCCCGGCGAGUCGAUGACGCUGAUGGACCAGGCGCGGCUGAAGAUGGACAACCGGGUGAAGGUGCCGCCCCUGCUGGACAUGUCGCACUACGCCUGCGCGUUUGGUGGCGGUGAGGCCGUCUCGCGUGAGGGCAGUUGCUCCCCUGAUGUGGUUGGCGACAGUGGCGUUGCCGAUGUUGAUGGUGAUGACAGCGUUGGUGUGGAGGGCAGCGUUUGUGGUGUUGGCGGUGUUGUUGACGGUGGUGACAGUGUUGUUGAUGGUGGCGACAGUGGUGGCGUCGCACACAAGACAGCGCCGUCGCCACAUAUGUAUGAAUUGUAUGGCGUGAUUGACCACUAUGGCCUGCUUGUUGCUGGCCACUACACUGCGUCUGUUCGCCAUGCUUCCAGUGGCAAGUGGUACCGCUUUGAUGACGAACACGUGACGCCUCUGCCAUCUGUGGAUGCCGCGGUCAAAGACCGCUCGGCCGCUUCCAUUCUUUUCUUCGUGCGCAAGGAUGGUGAUGGCCACGGUGAAGCAGAUGGAGCACGCGAAUAAACACGUGGCAAACUGCAGGCCAUGCACAUGC